UUUGCGCACUGUCGCACUUUUUAGUCGAUCUGUACGGUAUGGUUGUUGCUGUUCUGUCUUGACUCGCCUUUCCGUUUUUUUCCGCCAAAUUUUAAGUCAGCAAUGGCUAAUUCAAACGAAAUGAAUGGGUGCCUUAAAACCAGCUCGCCCAGGAAAAAGUCCAGAUCCGACGAUUUAAUGUCCAAAGUGACAGUCAUUUUGGGGGCACAAUGGGGCGACGAAGGCAAAGGGAAGGUUGUGGACAUGCUGGCUACAUCUAUGGAUAUUGUUUGUCGUUGUCAGGGUGGUAACAAUGCCGGCCACACCGUUGUUGCCGAUGGAGUUGAAUAUGAUUUUCAUCUUCUUCCUAGCGGAAUCAUCAACCCAAAAUGCACAUCGAUAAUUGGGAAUGGUGUCGUGAUACAUUUGCCUGGCUUGUUUGAAGAACUGGAUAAAAACAUCGCCAAAGGAUUGAAAGAUUGGGAAAGCAGAUUGAUAAUUUCUGAUAGAGCUCAUUUAGUUUUUGACUUCCAUCAACAAGUUGACGGACUGAUGGAACAAGAAAAUACUAAGACAGGACAAGGACUCGGCACAACCAAAAAAGGAAUUGGUCCAACUUAUUCCUCAAAAGCAACAAGGAAUGGCAUCAGAAUUGGUGAUUUAUUAGGAAAUUUCGAUGACUUCAGUAAGAAAUUCCGCACUCUGGUGAAUGUCUACCAAAGAAUGUUCCCAAGUUUGAAUGUAAAUGUUGAAGAAGAAUUGGCUAGAUACAAAGUAUUAGCAGAAAAAGUAAGACCUCUUGUUGCAGAUACUGUGUCUUUCCUUUAUAAAGCUGUUAAAGCUAACAAGAAAAUCUUAGUUGAAGGUGCAAAUGCUGCAAUGCUUGAUAUUGAUUUUGGUACAUAUCCUUAUGUAACUUCAUCCAACUGCAGUGUAGGAGGUGUAUGCACUGGUUUGGGUAUCCCCCCAUGUAGAGUCGGUGAUGUUAUUGGGAUAGUUAAAGCUUACACUACCAGAGUUGGUGAUGGUCCUUUUCCUACAGAAAUGAAGGAUGAAAUUGGUGAAUUGUUGCAAACACGUGGUGCUGAAAUUGGAGUUACAACUAAGAGAAAGAGAAGGUGUGGAUGGUUGGAUUUAGCUUUGUUGAAGUACACUAAUAUGAUAAAUGGCUAUACAUGCAUUUGUGUGACCAAACUCGAUAUUUUGGACCAAUUCCCUGAAGUUAAACUUGCAAUCGGCUACACUCUCAAUGGAAAACCUAUUGAUUACUUUCCAUCAAAUGCGUCUGAUUUAGAAAAAGUGGAAGUUGAAUAUCUGAAGAUGCCUGGUUGGCAGCAGUGUACAGAAAACAUCAGGAAUUUCAAAGAUCUACCCCAAAAUGCCAAAAAUUAUAUAAUAAAGAUUGAAGAAAUCUUGGACGUUCCAGUGAGGUGGAUUGGCGUUGGCAAAGGAAGGGAAUCUAUUAUUAUCAAGGAGUUGAAACUUUGAAUCUACAGGUCUACAGUCAUUAUCCAUUGAAUUAACAUCAGUUUCAAGUACACUAAGUGAUUCUAUGCCAAAAAUAAUUAUGUGUGCAAUAGCAAUUUUGAACCCAAUUAUAAAAAAAAUGAAAAAUUCUGGCUCUCCAAGUUUCAGCACAAAUAUAUUAGUAUGAGGAAACUGAUGUUGUUUUGGAAACACCAAAUUCAAAAUGUUGACUCGAAAGAAUUAUGUUAUCCAGUGAAAGUAAAUAGUAUUUUGAACACUAGUUGGAAAAAUAUAUUUUGUUUAUGGGACUUCUUUAGUUUAUCUUUUUGGAAGUCUAUUGAAAUACUUUUUGUCAGAAAUAUAAUAGUGCCUAAAAUAUGCACAAAAAUAUCGCUUUUUGUACUUAACCUCAAUGUAUUCUGUUUAAUUUCAAACAUUGAAAAAUAUAUUUCAAAUUAUAUUUAUUAAUAUGUC